UCCGCGCCGUUAAAGUGAGUGACUUGAGCGCAACAGCGAGCGGGAAAAUAUGCGAAAAUUCAAGUGAUUUGUAAUUUUCCAAAGUGACAUCUCACCAGUGCCCGGAUCCACACAGUGUCCCAAAAUAGUGAUUUUUCCGCGGAGUGAAAAUGUUACAGCCGAGGGGGAGGAGUGUCACCCUAGUGUUUUUCACGCUAGUUCUUUUCUAUAGUGAAGGUUUAGAUGAUAUAAAUACCUCUCCAAGGAGAAGAAGACAGGAUGCCAAUGAUGUCACCACAGUCUUGCUGGUGGACAGUCAUGGACGAUCUUCUUUCGGCCGAUUCCUGAGCGUUAAACCGGAUUUAGGUCUAAUCACUUCCACCGCUCGUACUUUCAUACAAGAAGGUGUAACUACCGAGUACGCCACUCAAGUGCUCGGUACUACCCUUGACAAUGGACGCCUUUACGCCCAUUUACUCACCAAAAGCUCUAGAGUCUUGUACGACGGCGACUCGCCCUCCAAAUCCUACGACGCUAACAAAAAGUGGCAGCUCGACCACAAAAUCGCCAAUACCAAAAAUUUCGUCCGCAAUACCGAUUUCAUCGCACCCAGCCACGCCCAACCCAUGCUGGUUUUCCCUACGACGAAUCCCCAACCCUACAACGAGAUCAGACAGCACAUCUCCGAAGAAGAAAUCCUAGACGAAGAACCGUCGAACAACCCCCGAGUACCCUUCGAAGACGCGCUGCGAAAGGACGUUCUCCCCCUCCAAAGCAACGUGAAGAUCUUCAAAAUCAACCCGCAGAUGAGGGACUUGACCAACGAGAACUUGAUCAACCACAAAGAAGACGCCAAACCCGCAAUCGAGAGUUUCGGGCCUUCGAAAGUACGACCAUGGGACAACCUUCCCACUUUCACUGUACGGAACGAAUUCUCACCAAGCGGGUUUUCUUAUCUGGGGGACUUCCCCGAAUUUGAUGCCAAUACUGAGAGGACGAGGGCGACUACGGCUGCCGACCGUAAAGCCAAACUGUUAUUCCGGGCGGGUUUGGUCAAACCCGAACCUAAAGACUUCGAGACCAUCACCUACAGUGGCUUCGCUGAUUUCACGACGACCGUUGGCGACACUGUUAUCGUUUUUACCCCACACACCACCGAAGCUCCGCGGAACAUAGCGGAAGUGACAAAAAUCUCCGUCGAAGCCACAAUCGAACCGACUUUAACUUUCAAACCGUCGUCAACGUCGACUACUCUCGCUACCUCUAUUAAAACAUUCCUGUCUCAAGAACCCGCAAUGGAAACGCAAACCGUAGAAGGCCACAGACUGGAAAUGAAAACUUCGCUUCCUACUAGAGUUAUCGAUAAGACGGAUCGGUUGCCUGCUAGAGUACCUGAGAAAAGCGAGCGUGUGCCUAUUAGGAUCCCCGAGAAAAGCGAACGUGUACCUAUUCGAAUCCCCGAGAAAAGCGAUCGACUGCCUAUCAGACUCCCCGAGAAAAACGACCGAUUGCCUACCACAGUCGCUGGGAAAUACGAGCGUCGGCCUUCCGUGGUUAUUGAUAAAAAGGACCGACUGCCUAGCACAGUUGCUGAAAAAAAUGACCGGCGUCCUACCAUGGUCAUCGACAAAAGUGAUCGUCAACGACGACCCAAAGAAGAGAUUCCUGAUGUGCACGAAGAUAUGGACGCCAAGUCUGCUGUUUUGGCACACGAACAACACAUUGACGAUGAAACACAAACUAGUCAAAUUGUGAGCACUAGUAGUGGCAGUUCAACUAUAUUAUUUAGUCCUGAUGUGAUCGAACCUUCCGAAAGUCAAACACCAUUGUUGUCUACACCAUCAGACGAAGACAUACGAAAAAUUUUUGCGUCUUUGCAAGCCCAAGCUAAACUGGCUACGCAGCCUCUUAAUACCCCUUCGACGAUAUUUUUGGAGGAAAGUAGUACCAUUGACAAGUCACCAGCGACGGAAAUUUCUAGUGGUGCCACUACGAUUUUCUUUGAAGACGAUUUACCCAUAGAAAACACAGCGGUGGUGGAAGAACCCACUACUACGAAACUAGUAGAAGAGAAGACAACCACCGAACAACAAAUUACCACCACGGAACAAAUUCCCGAAACUACGGAAAAACUGACGACGACGACUCAGAAAGAAACUACGACUACGAUGAAAGAGCAGACAACUACGAAUGCUAUUGAAACAACAAGCGAACAUGUGAUUAGUACGAUACCAAUACAAGAGACUACACCAGAGAUUGUUUCCAACGAAAUCGAGACAGAAAAGGCACCAGAACCUCACGUUGAAGUAGACGUAGUUUGUACAGAGGGCAGUCGAAUUCUACCAACAACCGUAUAUAAGACUUUGACUUACUUGACGACAUUCUUUAUUCCUCAAGACAAUGACGAAACGUCGAUUUCAAUCAAAUCUAAUGAAGUUGUAUCCACUGAAAUCGGGUUCCAAACUGAACCUUGCUCGGCGAUUGACGCAACACCUUCUUCAACAGUUGAUACUGUGGAACCAACAAUUACAACUACAACCGAACAAGAAAAAACAACAACGCAGGAACUUCCGACUACUACAACUGAGCAUCAACACACUGAAACCACUGAACCCGUAACCACAACUGAAGCAGUGGGUACUACUCCGGCUCUAGAAACUACACCACAAGAAAUAACAACUGAAAGAAGACACGUGACUGAAUCUGAACCAGAAACUACAGAAAUGACCACAGAAAGUGGCGAAGAAAUCGAAUUAAUCUUUAAGACUUUGUACACGACGUACACCUAUUUGACUACGUACUUCCAAGACACUACCUCAUCUAUCGCCAGUAAAAUUGUAGUUACCACCAAUGUGAUAACAUCAACUUUGAUACCUGGUAGUGAGGCUUCUGACUCAGCCGUUGCUGGAUUAUUCGAAAGAGAAGACAGUUUGGUUUCUAGCUACAAAUCCAGAACUGUUUCGUUUGAAGAUAUAACUGAAAUAGCUCCAACGAAGAUUGCGCAAGAUUUGCUUCCCACGCUUGCGUAUGAACACCCAGAAGAAGAAACUAGAUCAACACCGGUUUUGAACGACGUCAAAAUCCAACAAAACGGUGUCAAGACUUACUACACCACUUACACUUAUUUCACUACUAUAUUUGUUGAUGGCGAAACGGAAAUUUCUAGUCGAACUGAAGUUUAUACUAAUUACGUUACCCCCAGCAUCCAGGCGACGGGUGUCUUGGAAAAUGUAGCACCAACGAGAGUACCGUCUUUGUUCGAACACAAAAACCAAGUCGAAGCACCCGAUGUUGGAGAUGAAGACGAAGAAUCAGAAGUGAAGAAGAAAAUUCUAAGUCUGAAUGUCACUCCUUCGAAUAAAUAUAAUAGCACGAUUAACAGACAAAAAACAGCUGUUGUCGAUAAUGAAUCUCAAGGUGGUGAUAUUUACGAUUCAACUAAAGAUAAACUUGAUAAUAAUAUCUUGGCAACGAGUGUUAACAAAGAGCAAGCUUAUGUUACACUACAGAGAGGUACUACCACAGAGGAUGCUCCAAUUGAAAACAAUCUUUUAAAUUUGAACGAAUACGAAACUAUUGCUACUAUGGUUACUGAUGUUAGGAGUAGUACGUCUGAGGGUGAUAGAAGAAUUAUUGACAACGUCGAUAAGCGUAACGCUUUGGAUGAUCAAAUCGUGUCGGAAUCGAACAACGAAUCAGAAAUUAUACCGUCACCGACUUUAUUACUACAAACGAGCUACACUACUUUCACGUACUUUACUACAAUGUAUCAUGGUACUACAUCCAGUAACGUAGUGAGCCGGCUAGAAACUGUAACCAAUGUAGUUACUGAAACUUUGACACCCACUCAUACUUUAAGUGUAGAAGAUUUAAGCUUACCUGUUACGUAUUUCACGACAUUCACAUAUUGGACGACUUUGUAUAAAGACGGUAUUACUAAAACUACAAGUCGUGAAGAAACUGUGUCCAAUGUAGUCACUCCCACGAUUUCCCCUACUAGUGAGUUACCGACUAUUAGUAUAACUACAACUGAUGAAAUAUCACCCAGUGCAACUGAAACCAUUCAACCGUCUACAGUUGGUGAUGACGAUUUAACAACCUAUUUUACUACAUAUACAUAUUACACCACUUCAUACGUGGGUGAUAGUACUGUGAUUAACAGCCGUCUAGAAACAUCGUCUCGGGUUGUCAACAGUACCGCAGACAUCGAUUCAAACCAAAUAGGCAGAGCUAUUGGUAGUGCAAGUCAGAACGUACUUGACGAUGUUAAAACUAAAGAAGGUGAUAGUGCUUCCAUAAAACCAACAGGGCUGCUAUCAUCAAUCGUAAACACAAUUGACAAUUCUGGUACCACGACAAUCCUAUCCACUGACGUCUUUGGUACCUACAUUGACGGUCGCUACGCCAAAGUACUAGAAAGCACCUCUUCGGUCAUCACACCCACUAUAGCUCCUUCGUCAGUAGAACAAAACGUGAAACCUACUGGUGUCGUAAGCAUCAACAAAGGAAAGAUCGUGGAUGCCGAAGGCGUCAGUACUUUAUACUACACAACUCAAGCUGUAGGUACUAUCAUCGAUAAUUUAUACGCUCAAGUCAUUGAAAGUACCAGCUCGCUUGAAGUCAACGAAGAACGAAAAGCGGCUUUAGCCACCGACGUUCCUAUCAGCCACCGAACCGGUUUAGUGCGUCUAAUCGAAGGGUCCAUCAUCCAAAACGAAACCACAACUUUGUACCAGUCCAAAGUCAUCGGAACAGUCAUCGACGGCCGCUAUGCCCAAAUCAUCGAAAGCACAUCGAGCUUCCUCCUCGGCAAAGCCAGCUCGAUCGCUCCUAGCUCCGUCAGCGAAAUCACCCCCUCGCCAACCCAAGCCCCAGACGCAAUCGCCUCAACAUCCAUACCCAUAUCACCAUCUCCAGUCGUAAUCGAAGGUUCUUUAAGCGACUCGAGCAAGAUAGAAGAGGAAGAAACAUCAACCGAAGAAAUCGAAGAAGAAAGCGAAGAGGACAAAGAAGAUGGUAACAGUCGAGUGAAAUCGCGCCUUACCUUCCAAACUCGCAAACGCACCUUCACUCCCGUUAUUAGACCGUUUGUCUCAAGACCGCGCCCGACUUUCGCCCCGAAACGCAAAGGUGCGGGUCAAGGAGCCACUACUGUCACUCGAAGUGACGUCACCCCCACUGUCACGGCAGUACCUGCGUCGAAACCUGCUCGUUUCGGAAACCGAAGAGCCUCGUCGAGUGCUAAUCAUGUAGUACCGACAGCUUCGGGUUCUCGAAGAUUUGCACGACCUAAGUCUACUAGUGCGGGAGGUGGUCCUAGCUCGGCGUUCGGCGGUGGUAGAAGGAGUUCUUCGAGGAUACAACCAACGGCGACUGCGUUUGCAGCUAGUUCGAGACGUGGAGGAUUUAAAUCGUCUGGAGGUGGUGCUAGUUCACAACGAGCCAGUUCGCUGUUUGCUGGUAACUCCAGGUUUAGAAUACGGCCGACUUUAGCGUCGUCGUUGGGUCGUUCACCUGCAACUGUGACACCUCCGGGGCUUGAAGACGAAAAUGAUUUAACUACAGUUGUUACUGAUAGUACUGGAACUAUCGAAGACGGGGUUGAGACGACGCUACCUUUAGCUGCGACGACGGAAGGCAGUUCAAGGCGCAGUCAAAAUCCUUUGUUGAAGUUUAGACGGCCGCCACUGGCUAGAGCGUCAACUCCUAGACCUAAACCAAAACCUAAAGGGAAAACGAGUACUACGACUACACCAAAACCCAAAACGAAUAGACCAAAUGGAAUAAGUAGGCCUAGAAACACGUCUCUGUUCCCGAGGAGAAAUCUAUUUACUACUUCCACCACGCCACCACCGAAUGAAGAAGAUGACUUAGAAGACUUAGAAGAAGAAGGUGAAAAUGACGACGAAGAUACUGACUAUGACAGUUCGCAAACAAACACGCAAACUGAACCUGCACCAACGCAGGAAACUCGAAAAGGUCGUUCCUCGAAUAUUCAAAUUAAACCCUUCGUUGGUUUUAGAAGACGUACAAGAAGAGAAGUGAAUUAUUCGAGAUUUAGAAGACCAGGUGGAAGAACGACCGCUGCGCCUGUGAAACAGGAACCUGAAACGGAAGCACCUAAACCUGCUAGAAGUAAAGCUGGCAGGUUUUCUCCAAGAUCUAGGAAUUCUAAGACGACUCACGCUACGACAGCAGCACCCCCAACACGUAAGAGGAUAUCACCUACUAAAGCUUCGAGUCAAGGACGAUCUCAGUUCACACUCAGGGAAAAGGAUACAAGUUCUAAUUCUAGAUCGAGUUUCAGGCGACCUUCUGGGUCAGGAUCGAGACCAAGAACCACGGUGUCUUCGCGACCGAAGUCACCAAAAUUAAGAACGACUUCGCCUCCUGAGUCGUCAAGAAAAACGACAAGGACUACGCCGUCCAGACGACGGACUACAACGAGACAAAGAGCGUCGCAAGAACAAAUAGAUGACAACUUUGUUAUUCCACAGUUCGAUGGGACCAUCACUGUUACCCAUCAAAUACCAACAGAGGUGACCAUUCCUGUGGUUAAUGGAAAGAUUACUGAAUACAAAAAUGUCAUCACGGCUCAGUACAGUACUCAAGUUGUGCCUCCUAAACAAUAUUCAACAUCGAUGAACGCAUUUGGGAAAGAUGUUACGGUGCUAGUGAAUGAAGAAACUUCAGUAGCUGACAAUGGGGCAACUCAUAUCACUCAGUUUGUUCUAAAUGAAACACCUACUACUAGUGUGAUUUUCACACCUACUUAUAUUAGAGGUAGAAAGACUUCGUUUUCGCAUGUCAUCCCUAGUACGGCUUAUGGAGUCGAACAGGUGGUUAAUACCAUUCAACCUCAACUAGCUGCUCAAGCCCCUCUGGCUAAUAUAUUACUUUCGCAACUUUUGUUGGGUCAAAAUCCUUUGUAUCCUGUACAAAACCCAGCAAUACCAGGAAUACAAGCAACGCCUACCACCGAAUUUAAAACAAGAGCCACAACUUACGUAACCACUGUUACUAGUGUUACUUCCACAGUAAUACCUCUGACAUUUAGAGGCAAAGAGAUCUUAACUACCAUAAUCGACAGUAGUGUGUCAGUAGUUACCGCAACCGAAUUUUUGACUGAUACAGUUGUCGUAACACCUACUCUUGGUUUCCCGGGUCCUGUGCCUCAGUUGAAUACUUUAUUGUUACCACUGUUGCAACAACAGUUAGCCCAGGCUCCUUCACCCUUGCAGCAACAACAACAACAACAACCAGCUGGUGUACUAAACCUCAACAACCAACCACAAGCUCAAGCUUUGUAUCAAGUCCCAGUAAAGGCGAAUCUUGCUUCAGAAGAAGAUAAGUCAGACGAAGUAGAUCAAUCUAUUACCGAUGAAGUUACUCAAGCUUCUAGACGCAAGAAUUCCAGAAAAAGGAACAAAAAACCUACCCCUGCUCCCACGGAACCACCCAAAGAAACCAGCGUGAUCACACUAUAUGUGUCUGGACGAAUCCCGGGUGAGUUUAGCACAGUUCUAUCGACUAUCACUGUAGGUGAAAAUGAAAGACGAAAGAGAGACACCACAGUCGAUGUAAAGCCGUCGAAAGGCUACGAAGACUUGGUCAUCAGUACCCUAGACUAUUACGACACUUAUGUAACUCCCGCCACCAAGGAAAUUAGCUUAGACACCUCCGUAACCGUAGCUACUGAAAGUCUCGAAAGCAUAAUCGGUGAUGUUAGUCGACACAUCACGUCCCAAACCACCGGCUCAAUUAACACCAAACCCACAAAAUCCGCACACCCAUCAUCAAAGAAAUACAAAAUCAAAUACGUUAAAGCAUCGGAAGAAGCUAAAAAGUCUUCCGGUAAUUUUUUAGCGUAA